AUGAAGUUCUUGGUUGUUUUUUCGAUGUGCGUGCUUGCUGUCAGCGGCGCUGCUUUAGAAGUGGAACUCGACUUUCUUUCCGGUCCAGUCAGCGCCGAAGAGGAGAGACUCAUAAACUCCAUUCUCACCGCUGACUUCGACACCGCCUUUGCUCAGACUCUGCAACUCCAGAGACAGUCGAAAGAAAACAUCAUCGAAGACGCCGUCACGAAACUCGUCAGAGGCAGCAAAAGGAACGUCUUAGACUACGCCUACAAACUAUGGUUCGGUGAGGCCAAAGAGAUCGUCAAAAACCACUUCCCAGUUCAGUUCAGACAGAUCUUAUCUGAGAGCGUUGUCAAGAUUAUCUCUAAAAGGGACAAUCUCGCAAUCAAACUCGGACAAGACUUGGACGCGGAAAAAGACAGGACAGCCUAUGGCGAUGCUAACGACAAGACAAGUGAGAACGUCAGCUGGAAGUUUGUUCCUUUGUGGGAUAACAACAGGGUCUACUUCAAGAUCGUCAGCGUUUUCCGCCACCAAAGCCUGAAAGUGGGAACGGAUGCAGAUAGUCAAGGCGACCACGGUACUUAUGGCGACGACGUAGCGGACACCCACAGACACCAGUGGUUCUUGAAGCCCGCCAAUCUCGAAGGCGAUGUUUUGUUCUACAUUUUCAAUCGCAAAUUCAAUCAGGCCCUGAAGCUCGGUAGGGCGGUCGACAGCGAUGGAGACCGUAUCGUGUACUCUCACUACGGCAAUGUGGAUGGCCAACCAGAACUCUACGGUUGGCACAUCUCUGAAUUCAACUAA